UUCCUCAAGUCGAGCAAACAUCAAAGUUGAUGAUACAUAUGGCGGUAGUUGAGUUACAAGCAAACUAUAUCAUCCCAUCAAUCUGCCAAUAACUUCAAAUGAUCUUGGCGGAGCCUUAUUUACGGUGGCUUGCUACCAUUAUGUUUGUUUGCUCCAACUGAUUCGGUCGGACGAUGCACUCUAGUAAUUUUUGACUGCCCAAAGCGCAGCUAUCUACAUAUCUUCCAAAAAUGGCAUCAUUAUCAGCCUACUUCUGCAUAUACGAAACAUUCUAUCGUGUUUUGAUUGCUGAUCGAGUGCACCAGUACUCAUCCAUGAGGACCUUAACAUAGGUACCACCAUCAAUCCGCCUCAUUUCUCGUCCGCGCAAUCAAGCGACGUAUUUCCUGUGCGUCUUCUAAUGUUUGCGUAGCACGAUAAGGCAGAUCCUUCCAAUGCUACAGCUGGGAGUUAUCAAAGUGAGCCAAUGAUAUCGAGCCGCUUUAACAUCUUUGUGUUUCGCACGUCUUGAGGUUGUACGCGUGUGACUUGGUACCGAAAGCGAUUGUGGUAGUUUGUGUGACAUCUGAGAUCAAAGUCUGGUUAUAUUAAGCUUUUGAAUACCUGCUCCCAGGUCAUUCCCACAGCUCAUUACUUCCAAAUGAAUUGUUUCUUUUGAAUCCAAAACCAAACACCAUUUAUCACGCCCAUUAUUGCACGCCAUUUCAUUUCGUUUUUUUACGCUCAUCUUUAGAGAAUAUAAUUUACAGAAUCAAGCCAACGCCGAGUUUAAAAAAUGGCUCCGUAUCAUGGAAUAAUCACGGCGGGGUUACGAAACAAUCGGCGCUACGCCCCGAAUCAGCUACCAAUUCCGCCCUUACAUUAUAAGAGUCCUGUCAAGCAUCUCGAAAGAGUUUCACCGCCUGUGGUUCUUAGCUUCCCAAAGGGACAUGAUGUCCCAAUGCGGUCAACCGAACUUGCACGCAACCUACCUGGAAUCCACCAUCAAGCUCGUGAAAGAGGCAACCCAAGAGUCGAUUUUAUGGAAAUAUUUGGGGACACAUUCGAACAUUACGAUGAUCCUGAUAAGCUUUCAGAGGCGGGGCGAUGGAUUUGUGCGGUCAUAAACAGUUCGGAACAAAUGCAAUAUUGUUCAGAUCCGUUCGGUAAUCGAAUUACUGAUAUGAAAAACCCUCUGUGUUCGCGCAUAGAUGAUGUGCUAUUUUAUGGGUCGAUUGGGAACCGGCAAUUGGAAAAUCAUGCCGCGCAACAGAUCUUGCAUCUGCUUCAGGCAAUAAGUGAUAUCUUGCUAGAAGAUCGGAGACUUGGUGUCUAUGAUGGAUUUCUAUUUUAUGAAUUUAUUCACACAGCAAUUCGCCUGGCGCCCAUAAUCUCAUACGUUUUGGGAGGCGCCGGAGUAUUGAUCUUGCUACGGGCAGUCGUACUAAUGUGUGGGCAUGAUAUCGAAAUCAUCAAAGAACUAAUUCAGACAAUUCCGUACCGUGAUCAGCAAAGUCUACUGAUGCAUGCUCAAAAUUACUGGGACGUAGAGAAUAAGGAAUUGGGGAGGCUCGUUAUUCUGAUAUUUGCUGGAAAGAUUUAAGGCGUUCUGCAUGUCCACUAACCUUCCUAUCACAAUCUAGACUUCAUAGCCACGUUUCUUGCAACUUUUAGUACUGACUCGUCGUGAACAAUCGUUACAAGGAAGUCGAA